AUAAAUAUGAAGAAAGAAAUGGAGAUAAACUGAACAAUAGCUUAGGAGACCGUUGAAUGACAUCACGCGGCAGGCCCUCAAAUAGGAGCUUCAACCCCCCUCCCCUAAAGGGGGACAAGGAAUGGGCAUAGACCAUAGAGUAACAUAGAGGAGAUCGUGUAGCGAGGAACUGAAAGCUUUAUUGAUAGUCGUGGAGCCAGCUAAAGAUGGUUUCAGAAAAUAAGGUGAAAUAGAGAUGUACUAUUGAAGCCCUGUGUCCCACUCAGAACACAAGGGAAUAAUAAUAACGUUACCACCUUAAAGCGUCUACCUAAAGAUUCCAACAGAUUUCUUUUGCUUAGUAUUAUUACGCAGAUGAUAGAUAAAAAAACACUAAGCUAAAACUGAUGCUUUUUAAGGCAAUUUCACAUAUAAACGCUGAAUAUAAGUUCUAAUUUAUUUUGGUCCACAAGAGUAUCAAUUAGGACACUUUCAGCCUGAGUGUACAAUGUUAUUUUUACUGGCUGAAAAUAUUAUUAGGAGGUAACUAUUUGUUUCAGAUAUGAUCGUCCUGUGCGUUUCUUCCAUUCUAAAAUCUACUCUCCAUCAUUUUAGUGUCUGUCGCUUAUCAUUUUCGUUUGACGUGUUAAUCCGUUUGUUGACUACGUUUAAUGUGGAGAUUUAUGUGGAUGCGUAGACAGGUACACUCUAGGCUCUUUUCCUUUCAUUAUUUUAAUUCAUUCUAAUAAAAACAAGAUGAUUUUGGGCCAACAAUUGUGGUUCCGAUAAAUUCUCUCACAGGCUCUCUACUACAGUUAUAAAUCCAUGAGUAGUAUAGAAUACAAGUAGUCAGUCAUUAAAGGCAUGUGAAAAUUUUAUCGGAAACUGUCUGUAUUCGGGUACAUGUAUAAUAUGGAGUAAUAGUUCAGUAUUUAAUAUUGUCAAAUGAAUAAUGCAUAUAAGAAUGUGCAGUCAUUCAGAACAUAAGAUAAAGUGUGAAUGGACAAUUGAGCGACAUACUAAUGUAUUUAUAGUCAACAGAAUAUAAAUUUCAUUGGGGGUAGGGUGAGUUAUAUUCUGUGGUGUGCGACGAAAAUGAUUACCACAAUAUACAUACAAACAAAUACCAAAGAAAUGGGGAACAAUGAAAUUAAGUUCAAGCAAAGGCUGAGGAGAUAUCAAGAGUAUUGAUAAAAUGAAGAGGUUAAAUUGUGAACUGUAAUAAAAUACUAGAGACAUAAUAGGCUUAUUGUAAAUUACAAAAGGAAGGUUGUAUUGAAGAUGAAAUCGAAAAUUUUAAAACUACCCUGCUACAAAAUGGUUACCCUACCAAUUUUGUAAACAAGUAUAUUUCCAAAAGAACGGACAAAAUCAAGUGUGACACAGUGAAUAGGAAAUAGCUUUAUUUGAGAAUACAGUUCAAAGGUGAUAUAUGCAGUAAUAUACUAAGCCGUAGAUUGAUCAAAUCAGUUGAAAAAAUUUCAGUGCUGCAGAACUACAUAUCAUUUUCUCAACCAGACCGUUACUGGCACAGUGCAUCAAAGAUAAAUUAUCAGAUGACAACAUCAAUGUGUGUAUACAAGUUCAAUUGCUCAUGUACAGCUAGUUAUAUAGGUCGAACUCAGAAAAAUUAUCUAUACACGCUCGUGAACAUGUUCCUGUUUGGCAUGGGAAAAGUGUUACUAAAUCAAUAAACAGUGCCAUUUUGUCUCACCUAGUAGAUAGUGAACACCACAUCAAAAUAGAUGAGUCAUUCACGGUUGUAUAUCGAGUGAGUACCAAAUAAUCUUCCUAAAAGCACACGAUUACGUCCCUUAGCUAUAGCGGAAGAUGCAGAGAUUAACAAGAAAAGAUCUGACCUUUGUAUGGAAAAGAAGCACAUUCAUCCUCUUUGUUUGCCCUGGCCUACAAUAAGGUAAGCAGGGACAUAAUCAUCCAUAUUUUCAUGUCAUAUUAUACCUUCUUAUUCCUUUUCACCUAGUUCGCUUUACUCCAUUACCUUUACUCUGUAAUUAUUGUGAUUUAAAAUCAAUUGGUUGAUAGUGACUAGCUGUGGAAUCCAGGAUAAAGCGCAUUUCGUCCUAUUUGGGACUGGCUUGUCAGCUGGAUGUACCUGCAUUCCCCAGUGAUUGAUGGUGCUCUCAAUGAGGCUCGAACGCAGGGCCCAUAGUUUCAAGUGCCAAAGAGUUAUCUAUUAUACCACUCGGGUCAAGACAGCAACCAGUCUUACUAAUUAUUUAAUUCAGUUUAGAUUUUCCCAUCAAUUGACUGAAGUGAAGUGCUAAGAUUUUGUGUCUCUAGUACUCUAUUGCAGUUCACAAUUUAACCUCCUUAUUUUAUCUUGUCAGCCUUUGCUUGAACUUAAUUUCAUUGUUCCCCAUUUCUUUGGUAUUUGUUUGUAUGUAUAUUGUGGUAAUCAUUUUCGUCUCACACCACAGAAUAUAACUCACCCUACCCCCAAUGAAAUUUAUAUUCUGUUGACUAUAAAUACAUUAGUAUGUCGCUCAAUUGUCCAUUCACACUUUAUCUUAUGUUCUGAAUGACUGCACAUUUUUAUAUGCAUUAUUCAUUUGACAAUAUUAAAUACUGAACUAUUACUCCAUAUUAUACAUGUACCCGAAUACAGACAGUUUCCGAUAAAAUUUUCACAUGCCUUUAAUGACUGACUACUUGUAUUCUAUACUACUCAUGGAUUUAUAACUGUAGUAGAGAGCCUGUUUGGGAACCAUGUUCAACUUGAGAACUGUUCAACUAAUGAUUGCAAUGUUUGAUCGUGAUAUGAAUGGUACAAUUAGUUUUGAUGAAUUCUGUAAUCUAUUCAAGUAUGUACAAGACUGGCAAAAUUGUUUUCGACGUUAUGAUCGUGAUAACUCUGGGUCAAUUGACCGUCAAGAAUUCGCGAAUGCUUUGGCUAGUUUUGGUUAUCGUUUAUCCCCACAAUUUAUUCAACUUAUGUUACAGCGUUUCGAUCGAAAUCGUCGUGGGUGUAUUGCAUUCGAUGAUUUUAUUUAUGCUUGUGUAUGUUUACAGACUCUGACAGGUGCUUUCAGACAAUAUGACUAUCGAAUGGUUGGUCAAGCACAAUUUUCAUUUGAACAAUUUUUAACAGCAGCAUUCUCAGUUGUCAUAUAAACAUGAAUUAUUUUAAACAAGAAAUUUUCUUGUCAAGGAUAUUUUGUAACUGCAUUCAUUCAAAAAAGGAAGAAAGAAAACUCUUCUCUGCUUUUAGUUUUUUUGAAAAUUUUCUUUAAUAUUGUUUUUUUUCAACUUUUAAGGAAAAUCGACUAUUCCUGCUUGAUUUUUUCAUACCCUAUUUGUACUUAAUUGUAUAAUCCCUGAAAUUUUUAUUCUGUCACAUCGUCUAUGGUAUGUUGGUUUGUUUAUUUCGUUGUCUUCCUGUACUUUGCAUUUUUGGAUUUGUUCUUUUUUUAACCUAAAUUGUACUUUCUUUUAAUCUGAAGUGUAUAUUUAUUUUGAUUUGAUUGUUUUGAAGUUGGAUUUUUCAUUUUAGCGUUACAGAUCACUGAAUAAAUCAAUAUUAUUAUAUUGAUGAAGUUGUUUACGAAUUUAUUGAUCUGUAUGCUGUUGUUUUGUUGUAUGCGUAUAUAUAUAUAAUUAUAUUUCAAAAGUUUACACAC